CGAUGAAAUGUUUUGUAAUUCCAAAAAAGCUUCUUUAUUCCCGUUGGGUUUUAGCCUCUUUUUUUUGGGUAUUGAAUUUGAGCAGAAAUUUAAAGUGACAAAGACUGCUCUUUUAAUGCCAAAAUUUUGACCUUUUUCAACUUUAUCUCUCAACUAGUUUCCUGGAAAAUGCAGCUGUUUUAUCUCUCUCUGUCUUAUUCUUUAAAACCAAUGGAUUUUUUUUUUCAAGUAUCAGUGUAUAGCCAUUAUUGAUUUCUUGUUUUAGAGCUAAAUUCCUCAUGCAUACCUUAUAUAGUUAAAUGGGUUUUCUUCCCUGUAAACACCUUCUUUUUUAUAAAGCUUUUAUUUGGGAUUCCUUAUCUUUCCUUUUGCUGUUAAAUUCUCUCAGCAACCAAACAUGAUUUAUUUUCUUCCUUGGCUUUUUGAUAUGGUGAUAUAAGCAUGACUUAAAAAAAGGUUAGUGAUGAAUUAGCAUCGUCUUCUUCCUUUUUCAUUUAUUGAAAUCAAUCCAAGUCCGUGAACCAGUCAUUGGAUUCUCCAUAGCCAAAAAAACUUCGCAUUCAACACAUCCCUCAAGCUAUUCGUAUUCUGGGAAUUUGGAUUCAGGGAGGACUAAGGUAGCUCAGUUUUAACAAUUGAACUUAGGGGAUGAAAAUGUUGCAGCAUGAGCUGUGUUCUUCUCGGAUUCUGUCGCCGUUCCGGGAUGAAAUCGUCGGCGACGAAGAGCUUUCGGUUCUUCCAAGACACACCAAAGUUAUUGUCACCGGGAACAAUAGAACAAAGUCUGUAUUGGUCGGUUUGCAAGGCGUCGUCAAGAAGGCGGUCGGCCUCGGUGGUUGGCAUUGGCUGGUUUUGAAGAAUGGGGUUGAAGUUAAGUUGCAAAGGAAUGCAUUGAGUGUGCUGGAACACCCUACAGGGAACGAAGUAGAUGAUGAUCAUGAUUUCGAUAACUCAAGCAGUGGCUCGGACAUUGCUAGUAGCAUUGAGUUCCAACGGCCUGCAAAACCGAGAGUUCGACAUAUGAAACCAUGGGUUCCAUCUGCAUCCAUGAAAGCAACUAAUCGUAGUGGUUACAGAGAUGUUCAAUCCAUUAUUCAUGCACCCCAAUCGGUAAAUUUGGCAAAACUCGACAACAACUCCUUGAGAAGAUAUUGCAGGCAUUUCAAACUUGGUAACAUCAAUGCUUAUUCACCAAGGGAAUUAAUGCUUAACACUGUCCAGCAGCAUUUUGUAUCACAGCCACCUCUGAAUGACAUACAGGUGAUCUCGGAAUUCAUCACUUCUGCUAAGAGAUUGAAAACCGACGACUCACAGAGUGAGCAACUCUGAAUUUACUUCAACAUUGUAGUUGAAACAUAUUUUAGUUCUAAUUCUAACCUUAGAUUAGAUCCAACUAAAAGACUAACAGGGACGAGUUAUCGAUCGACCAGCUGGAUUUCGUCCCCGGAUUCUAACCUUGUAAUAUAGGGCUUGUGCCCUUUGUGCGUAUUCUAGUAUAUCUACUAUUCCAACAGUGCACAUAUAUACAUAUUAUUGCUGCUGAA